AUGGGGAACCUGUGUAAGACUGAACUAGACUCGCUCAAUAUAGGUGACAAUAGUGGGGACUUGGAGGAUUUUUUCACUAAGUUUGGAGAAUCAGGUUUUGUUCUAGUGGCCCUGGGUUCCAUAGUAACCAUGUAUCAGAACAAGGAACUUAUUAAGGAGUUUAACAGUGCCUUUGCUCACCUCCCUCAUGGGGUACUGUGGACAUGUAAGGAAGGUCUUUGGCCCAAAGAUGUCAGAUUGGCCCCAAAUGUUAAAAUCAUGGAUUGGCUUCCACAAACUGACCUUCUUGCUCAUCCUAGCAUUCAUCUUUUUGUCACCCAUGGGGGAAUAAACAGCAUCAUGGAGGCCAUCCAGCAUGGAGUGCCCAUGGUGGGGAUUCCCUUUUUUGGAGACGAAUAUGAAAACAUGGUCCGAGUGGAAGCCAAGAAAAUUGGUGUUUCUGUUCAAUUACAGACACUCAAGGCAGAGACAUUUGCACUUACAUUGAAAGAAGUCCUAGAAGACAAGAGGUACAAAUCUGCAGCAAUGGCUGCCAGGGCCACCCAGCGCUCCCACCCCCUGACACCUUCCCAGUGUCUGGUGGGCUGGAUUGACCACAUCCUACAAACAGGGGGAGGAGCACAUCUAAAGCCCCGUUGCUUUCAACAGCCGUGGCAUAUGCAGUACCUGCUGGAUGUCCUACUGUUUCUAUUGGGGCUCACUCUGGGCACCUUGUGGCUAUUGAAGAAAGUGCUGGGCUUGUUGCUCAAGUCCCUGGGUAUGGCUAGGAAGGAAAAGAAGGCAUAA